UAAAGGAUGCACUAUGUCCCCAAGUCAAUGAGCCAUUCUCUGCCUGGACUCCUAUGCAUUACCUGCAACCUUUGGAUCCGUAUUUGGUAAUCGAAUAAGAGAAGCUGAGUUUAUGAAACAAAAUGGCUAAAGAAGAGAAGAAUUUUAUCAACAAAGAGAAAGAAGAUGAGAUGGAGAUUUAUGGUUAUAAACAAUGCCUUUGGAAGCUGAUUCUAGUUGCAAUUGGCGUUAUCUGCACUGGUGGUUUCCUUCUCCUGCUACUUUAUUGGAUGCCUGAAUGGAGUGUGAAGGCAACAUGUACCCAGACAUCUCUCAAGGAGGCUGAAGUUGUGCUAUUGAGGACCACAGAUGAAUAUAAGACAUGGUUUCGGGCAAAGGUUCACAAAUUGCUUUCACCUGGAACUGAUCCAAUGGAGAAUUUGGAAUCCCAAAUAACUAACAGAAUGGAAAAUGGAAAUGAAAAUGACACAAGUCUGCGCUCUAUCGACCGAAACAAAAUGCUGCUGCUAGGGAAAAUAGCAGAGUCUGAAGGAGUGCUGGUUCGAUAUUUUGUACAUCACAGCAUAACAUACUUCUGGAACAGCUUCUUACAAAAUUUUAAAGACCUAAAGGGACUGGCUGAGGGUGUUUCAUGGUCUGCUAUUCAUGGCCAACAUAGUAAAGGAUUGAAUAAAGAACUUGAGGAAUAUCGGAAACUGUUUUUUGGAUUGAACGAAGUUGAAGUCAAAGUGCCUUCUGUUUUUAAACUCUUAAUUAAAGAGGUGCUUAAUCCUUUCUACAUAUUUCAACUCUUCAGUAUUAUUCUUUGGACUUUUAAUGGUUAUUAUUAUUAUGGCGUGGCAAUUGUUAUAAUGUCACUUGUAUCAAUAGUGACCUCCCUGCAUACCAUCAGAAAGCAAUAUGUGAUGUUGCAUGACAUGGUCGCAGCUCACAGCAUUAUCAGAGUUUCAGUGUGCAGAGCAAAUAAUGAAAUAGAAGAAACUUUGUCUACAGAUCUUGUGCCUGGUGACAUUAUAGUCAUUCCAACGAAUGGGACCAUAAUGCCUUGUGAUUCAGUACUGCUUAAUGGCACUUGCAUUGUCAAUGAAAGCAUGUUGACAGGUGAAAGUGUUCCUGUAACAAAAAUCAAUUUACCAAAUCCAAAUAACAGUUUCAAAGGUCUAGAAGAAGACGAAAUCUACAAUCCAGAAAAGCACAAACGGUACACACUCUUCUGUGGUAGUACUGUAAUCCAGACACGGUUUUAUACUGGGGAACCUGUCAGAGCUAUUGUAGUCAGAACAGGUUUUGGUACUACGAAAGGACACCUUGUACGCUCAAUCUUGUAUCCAAAACCAACAGAUUUUAAACUUUACAGAGAUGCUUAUCUCUUCCUGUUCUGCCUUGUUGGUAUAGCAGGGGUUGGAUUUUUAUACACAGUUAUCAACAGUGUUUUGAACGGGGUUGGAGUUGGCACAAUCAUUAUUGAGUCACUUGACAUCAUCACUAUUACUGUUCCACCUGCUCUUCCAGCAGCAUUGACUGUUGGUAUUGUAUUUGCACAACGUCGAUUAAAGACAUUGGGCAUUUCCUGCACCAGUCCUCAGAGAAUAAACAUCUGUGGACAACUUAAUCUGAUCUGCUUUGACAAGACUGGAACACUUACUGAAGAUGGCCUGGACAUUUGGGGCAUACAAAGAGUAAAAGAUAAUAGCUUUUUGCCAUCUGAACAAAGUGUUUGUAAGGAAAGCUUGGUGAAGUCACACUUUAUGGCUUGCAUGGCAACAUGCCACACACUUACUAAAAUUGAUGGAAAGUUAUCUGGUGAUCCAUUGGAUUUAAAAAUGUUUGAAGAGACUGGCUGGGUUCUUGAGGAAGCAACUGAGGAAGAAACUGCUUUACAUAAUCCAAUCAUGCCCACUGUAGUUCGGCCUACGAAACAACUCUUCCUUGCAAAUGAGGCAGUGAUAGAUCAUGACAUGGAAAUGUAUGACCUCCCUGCAUCAUAUGAAAUAGGUAUUGUAAGGCAAUUUCCAUUUUCUUCUGCUCUACAACGAAUGAGUGUCAUAGUCAGAGUGUUGGGUGAAAAACACAUGGAUGCUUACUUAAAAGGUGCACCUGAGAUGGUUGUUAAGUUAUGCAAGGCAGAGACAGUUCCUCCAGGUUUUUCUGAUGUAUUGAAGAAUUAUACAAAACAAGGCCUCCGAGUCAUAGCACUUGCACACAGGAAAUUAGGGUCUAAACUAACUUGGCACAAAGUGCAGAAUGUCAGCAGGGAUGUCAUUGAAAGCAACAUGGAGUUUAUGGGCUUUAUUAUAAUGCAAAACAAGCUAAAACCUGAUUCGUCUAGUGUCCUUGAAAAACUGAGAAAAGCCAAUAUUCGCACAGUUAUGCUUACAGGAGAUAAUAUGCUUACAGCAAUUUCUGUAGCCAGAAAUUCUGGGAUGAUUUUACCUCAGGAUAAAGUAAUUAUUGCAGAUGCUUUGCCUCCAAAAGAUGGAAAGAAUGCACAAAUACAUUGGCUGUAUGCCGAUAAUGCUCCAAGACACCUUGAUAUAUCCACUGCAGCUUCAGAGGCCAUCGACAUUAAAGCAGAAAAUGAGGGCUCUGGAGAUGGUCUCCAUCAGAUGAACCAUUAUCAUUUUGCAAUGGAUGGCAAAUCCUUUUCUGUUAUAAAUGAACAUUUUCAGGAUCUGCUUUCAAAAUUGAUACUAAAUGGGACGGUAUUUGCUCGCAUGGCUCCAGAUCAAAAAACACAGCUGGUAGAAGCAUUUCAAAAUGUAGACUAUUACGUGGGAAUGUGUGGAGAUGGUGCCAAUGAUUGUGGUGCACUAAAGCGAGCACACAGUGGCAUCUCAUUGUCUGAAUUAGAGGCUUCCGUAGCAUCGCCAUUCACAUCAAAAACUCCAAACAUUGCAUGUGUACCAAACCUGAUCAGGGAAGGAAGAGCUGCUUUGAUGACAUCAUUCUGUGUUUUCAAGUUCAUGGCACUGUACAGUAUAAUCCAGUAUCUAACCGUUACCUUACUGUAUUCUAUACUCAGUAAUCUUGGAGAUUUACAAUUUCUUUUCAUCGACUUGGCUAUCAUUCUAUCCAUUGUCUUUACAAUGAGUCUGAAUACUGCAUGGAAAGAUCUUGAUCCACAGAAACUGCCAUCCGGCCUAAUCUCUGCUUCACUGAUAUUUUCAGUACUGUCUCAAAUUGUUAUCAGUGCUGUGUUCCAGACAACAGGAUUUCUUUUGGUGAAGCAACAAACCUGGUAUGAAGUAUGGACUCCAAAUUCUGAUGCCUGCAGUUCGUCAAAAUUGAACUUCACGCUGGAGCACAAUGAUACAUAUCCUCACGAUGAAAAGAAUAUUAAGAACUAUGAAAAUAUUACGGUGUUUUUUAUUUCAUGCUUUCAGUACCUCAUUGUGGCUAUUGUGUUUUCUAAAGGAAAACCAUUUCGACAACCUAGUUACAAGAACUAUCCUUUUGUGGUCACACUGGUACUUCUUUAUACCUUUAUAUUUUUCAUAAUGAUUUUUCGAAUUGAGGUGAUUGAUCAAGCUCUACAGCUGGUUUGUGUUCCUUAUAGUUGGAGGUUUACAAUGGUCCUUUUAAUACUAGUAAAUGCAGUUGUCUCUUUCUUAACUGAGACUAUUCUACUUGACCUGGUCCUGUGGAAACUUGUGUUCAAGAGACAGGGACUCGAACCUAAUCACUUCACAGCCACUUAUGAACAGGAGAUCCUUGAUCGGAAAGGCAAGAGAUGCUUAUCGUUUGUCUUCUGCUCUAAUAAACGAAGACCAAAGGCCAAGUAUAUGAAUGUAGCCCAGGAAUUAUUGCUGGAUCCUGAUUGGCCUCCAAAGCCCAGAACAACCACAGAAGCAAUAACAAAAUUCCACGAGAACAAUGCAUGCCAAAUAAUUACUGUAGAUGAAUAAAAUGUACUUUGAUUUCAAUCAACAACACAAUAUUUUGACAUCAUAGUCUGAUAUAACAAUAAUGAGAAAGGGCAAAGUGAUUAGCCAAGAUUAUGUAAACUAUAUUUGAAGCAUUUGUAAUUUAGCAAUUAAUUCUACCUGUUGGGGUUGAGGGACUUCGAGGUUUUGCAGAAGCAUGUUUUCAAAAAUAAAUUUGAGGUGGAGAUGAAGCAAUUUUAAUAUAUUUUUAAAAAUAAGCUUAAAGUAGUAUUGUUUUAAAAAAAAAUUGGAUGAAUAUUUUAUGUAACAAUUGGUCAAUUUUCAUAACGGAAUUAUUUUCAUUAGUAUUGUGUUCAAGCCAAAAAGUAAUAUAUAUUUUUAAUAAUUUUUAAUAAUAAUUGUAGCAAGCAAGCAAGGUUGUACAGUUGUUUGAAGGAAGGAAAAGCUUCUUGUGUGUACUGACCUGCAUGUAUGCAACUCAACCAACCAGUGUCUAAACACCAAUUCAAGUUCUCCACAUUGUAAAAAUCAAAUAAGAAAAAGCAAUUACGUUAUUAGAAACUAAAACCUAUUAUAUUGGACAUCAGAUUUCUUUCUCCUUUACAAAAAAGCUACACUUUAUGAAAACUAAUUGCAGCAGAAAGCCAAAUUUUCUUACUGGCUUUCCUUACUGAAUCCAAACUAAAAUCAACAGUAUUGUAUUGGAGUUUUACAAUUAUAUAGAUUUAAACGUUUGCUGCAAUUAUGUCAAUCAAGUAAUGUAGUACAGAUGCUUACUUGCAAGGAGUCCACAGCAUUUAAUGCAUGAAUUUUCAUGGCUUGAGAGUUAAGUAAGGGACACAUAAUUUCUCAAUAGGUGCUUCUGUGAGUGAAAUUCUUGUGCAAAGAGCAAAUGAGUAAGUACUUUUCCUACUUCCUCAGAAUGGUUUAUUGGACUUAUAUUCCUGCCAUCAGGGAGAUGCAUCCAAACGAUGCUUGGAAAAUUUAUGCAAAUGUUUUAAUACAAAUGUUUAGUGCAGAAAUUUUUUUUUAGAAGAAGUUACCAGUAUUGAAAGAAUAUAACUUGCAGAAAUUGUGUUAGUCAAGCCAUAUUUUAUCUGGGAAAGAGCAUUAGGAGGGUACCUAAUAGAGUACAGGUAGUUCUCCUGUAAUGCCGUAGUUGCCGAAUUGUCUCUUAAUAGAAAAUCACUAAUUAUAAAUAAUGGGGACUAUGGGAAAAGUUGGGUUGGGGGCAGAUCAGCAAAAUAAUAACAUUCAUGAUCAUUCAAAAAUCACCCAAAAGUCUAACACAAAGUAUAGCACAGCCUGAAUGAAGGUAGAAAUCAUGUUUAUCAAUGAAACAAAAAUAAAUUAAACACAGUACAUUUAAAAAAAAUAUUGUUAGUGCAGGGACAGAUGGUCAUCAUGAUGUGUAAGGUAGACUCCUUUACUCCUGUUAAGCUAGCUAUAUCACAUUAUUGUCUCCUUACAUGCAAAACACUUUAGAAUAUCUAGCUUCUCUUCCAGUGUUAUAGCCUUUCUUUAGCAUUUACCACCUGCAAUUUUAUCACCACACCACUUCUUGCUAACAUUCUUGUCACUAUGCCUCUUCAUUUUUUCAAAAACAGGGACAAUCCAAGAGUAGAGUACCUUUCACAGGAAGCUGCUCAAUGUAUCUCUCUUAGAAAGCUGCUCCCUGUACAGUAUCUCUUUCAGAAAGCUGCUCUGUUGGCAGCUGACACUGGCACAUGCGCAGAACAGCACAAAUACUGGCGCUGACAUCGGUGCAUUCGCGGAGACUUUGGCACGGACAUUGGUGUGUGCCCAGAGUGAAGCGUGCGAAACAAUCAAAACUGGGAUCAUGCUUUUGCAAACCGAGAUAAGCGUUCUUAAAACUCCUGUACAUUAAUUCCUCAGCAAUGUUAUAAGCAUACAGUGCUGCUGGAACGCAUGUUAUCUAAGAAUAACCUAUUCAUAGUAAAUUAUAAAAUUAAAAUUCUGAAAGGCUGAUACAGUCAAAAUGAAGAACAUUUAUGGUGAGUCCUGAACAAGGAGUCAUAAAUAAAUGUUAGCUAUUGACAAAGUAAAUAUAGAAUUUAGUAGAAAUUCCUUCUCAUAAUGAAUUAUGAACAUGUAGAACUCACUCUUCCAGUGGGUGGGAUGAUUAUGUCUUUGACCGUGCCAGAAAAUCUGUUCCCUAACCACAAAUUGCACUGCAUCCUUCUCUCCACCUAUGCCAAUAGUGCCUUCUGCUAUUCAAGCCCUAUUCUCUGAAAUUAUCUCCUUAAGCCUCCGAAUCUAUAUUCUUCCUUUAUGAUCAGGCUUUUGGUCACUUAUUCUUACUUUGGUGUGGUGUUAGUUUCUAUUUGGUUAUAUUUCUCUAAACUACUUUGGGAUUUUUUUUGCAUUUGAGGUGUGAUAUUACUGCAAGUGUUUGAAACAGACAUCAUUGAUGCAGGCUAGGAAUGGUUGGAUUCACUCACGAGGUAGUGGUAAUAAAAUGAUGCAGAGGGAAGAGUAGUAAGAAGCAAUUAGAGUGAGAAGAGGUUAAUAUGGUAAAAAUACCUAUCAACUACUCUAUUUCCAAAUUGUGAAAAUCAACUAUGUACAAAAUAAAAUUGUAUUGAUUAUAUUUCUUUAAACUCUUUGCAACAGUAAAUUUAGAGUUCUUUGACUAAUUAGCACUUGUUUCAUUUUGCUGUUUAUCAUGAUAGAGGAUAGAUAUGUCAACAUGCAUUUGCAGUGUAACUUUUAAAUUAUCCCAUCAAUUUGGCUUAAACGAUUUGUAUAUACCAGGUAGAUUCAGUGUUUAAGAUUGUUGCAACUAGUAGCAAUUAAGGAAGUUUUUUUUGUCAAAAUUUUCAUAUAUGUAAACAUGGUAAGAAGUGCAACUAAGGACAAUGUAGGAAAUGUUAAACAAUUUUCACUGAGAAUCGAUUUCCUAUCCUGAUAUCCUAUAAGGAUUCUUAACUAAAGUAGCAUCUGAUUUCAGUUUAGUUCAAGAAAUUGAAAUGGCAUCUUUCUGAUCUGUUCCUUAUAGGAUAAAACUAAAUAGAUUUCAGGGGGACAACUGUUCAUUGCUAUCACAGGAUCAAGAUGAUCUAUUAUUAAUAAAUUCAGCUUCUCUUCUGUUGGACCAGGUCCAAGACUGGUCACUGCUAAAAUGAAUUUCAUCAUUAGGAUUGAUAACAUAAAUUUGUUCAGAUUGUGGAUCAAAAACAAAGCAUUCUAUAAUCUUCUAUUUGGUUAAUCUCAAACACAUGCAGUUCAAAAUUGUUUUGGGGAAUUUAUGCAACCUAUCCUAUUAUUAGUAUUUUAUUAACUUUUAAAAUUUUAAAUGAUUAAUUAUAUUUAUGCUCAAAUAGAUUCAAGACAGGUGUGUAGUUUCGCCUGUUUUAUAUAUCACUAUUGUUAGUCAUUCAUGAAUCAUAAUGAACAAAUAUAGAUUCAUGCAUUAAUUCCCACCUCUACCCAUCCUGCCAUUUACAAUUUCAACACUUGUUUUUGUGUGUCAGUUUUCAUUUGACCUUAUCCUGAGGUUUUCAACAGAAUACACUGAAAACGUCUUGAAAGAGGCAAGUGCCCAUUUUAUUUUUAAUAAAUUUGCAUCUUACAUAACUCAUUGCUGAGGAAUCAAUCCUCCAUGAGCAAGUCUUUCGUAUUUAUGUUGCACAAUGUUCACUGUUUAUCUGCAACUUCAUGUUUUGACUUAAUACAGUUCAUGUUUAAAACAAUGAAUGCAUUUUAAUUUCAUAAAAAUACAUUUUAUUAUUUGUCUAUCAAAGAUUUUGAUCCAAUAUAAAAUGGAAGUGAGGAAGUCCUGUGAAAAUAACUAUUUUAUGCAAAAUAGCUCCUCAGCUACAAAUAUGUGUACCUUUAAUAGAAAUUGACCAGGCCUAUCUGCGAUGCUACCAUCCUUUGUCAUUUUUUGAUCUAAGUUGUGUGUUGUUGCUGUUUGUGUCUUGGAAUUGUUCCAUUCGCUGUAAUAAGAGAUUGGCUCAGAGUCAGUCCGGAGUGAUUUCCCUUCAGAAGAAUAAAUGUAAGCCUGCUAAUCUGGUACACUCCCAAGGUUGUAGGUUCUACCAAAACUGUAGGUUCUGCUGUACCUUCCCUCAAUCUGAAUACCUUGCUACCUCUCUUGUUUGCCUUGAAGACAUUUCUUAGACAUAUUUUCUUAACCAAUUUGUUUAUCUGUGUUUAUAUCUUGUGGCUUGGUAUAAAAUUUUGUUUAAUUAAGUUGCAACACUCCACAUUCAAUAAGUAUUUCUAGAAAGUGAAAUUAUUUCAGUGCUUUUGAGACAACGUCAUAAAAGUCAAGCCUUAUGUUAUCUUUAAAACUAGUUGUCAUAAAAUGGGAUAUCUUUACAUGAAAUAUAUAAUUUAACCCUUUUUAAUGUGCUGACUUACAAUAGACAACUAUUUACUGUUUCGUUUCUGUUUCUUGAUCAGUUCUAUGCUGCAGAAACAUCUUUUAAAAAAUAGAGUAAGCAGUUAGUUAAACAGUAGUAUGUUUAUUUUUUAAGUUCAAAGUGAUUUCAAGAUUUUUAGCAGAAACCCAACUUUGCAUGCGUAUCAGUUUCAUCCUGAUGGAAUCUGUCACGUUCAAUAAUUUGUUUGUUUUAUGUUAAAAUCUUGGAAUGCUGUAUUUUUUGAUAAAUAUAUAUAUAUUUGAAUAAGAGCAUUACCUACUAUGCGCUAAUUUGGCAAUUAACCAUUGAAACUACUUUGUUUAUUUGGGUGAUAAUGGGAGCCAAUAAUACACUGAUGUAGGAAUCAUUUUACAAAGAACAAAAUAUCAUUUCAAUUUUGAGUAAAAAUAUGUUUUGUAAUUUGAUUUUUUAAACCUUAUUCCUCAGGGAAAUUUUUAUUUUAGGAUAUGUCAGUUGUAGGACUGUUGUUUUUUGUUUAAAAAUCUAAUUAUUUUAAUGCUUUCAAAUUCAUACCGUGCUGAAAAUUCUAAAAUACAAACUAUGCCUGAAAAUAUUUAUCUAAGUAAGACAUUCUAGCUUCCCAAAUGUGCUAUCUUAAAAUGAACAUUUUAACUUUUUGCAACAUUUUGUAUAUAAGAUGACAUUUUCUAUCUGUAAUUUAUUCUAUUUAUUUUGAUUUGCAUAGAUCUUAAUUGUGAUGUAUAUGUUUGAUAGUAGAUUUCCUUUAUGUAAAUUCUUAACAUUCAUUCAGUUUCAUUAUAGUGUGCCCUUACGUCAUGUCACACUAUUCUGAUCAUGACCCAAAUCUUCUAAGUUAUUCUUAUGGUUUAUUACAAAAGAAUAAACAUUUUACAAAUCUGUGA